CGCUGUGUUACUGUCAGCCUGCGGAGCGCUGUGACGCACAAAGCCUCUAGAGGGCGCCAACAGCUACUCGGAGCGUCCUGAGCCUAAGAGAGAGCUAAGGCUGCGGAGAAAACAUGGACAAACUUAUACUCCUAUAUUUCCUGCUAGGGGUAAUAGGACCUGGUGGAGGCACAGUGACUUUCAAAGGGUUACCUAAUUUAGCAAAUGUAUUAGAAAACCAACCAGCUGGCACGACUGUCUUCACAUUCAAUGUAACGUCUACAUCUACGGUGAACUCUGGAUUCCCUUAUAUAAUCAACACAAGCCCUAUCACAAAAGCCUUUGAAUUGGGUGUUAUUCUACCUACUGUUAAUGUGGUUCUUACUGGGAAUCCCGUGCUGGAUUUUGAGACGACUCCCAACAGUUUCAAUUUGCAGAUUUAUGUAGAAGACAGUACUGGCGCUACUGAUCUUCAGAUUUUAACUAUACAGCUCAUAAAUGUCAAUGAGCCUCCAGUCUUUUUGGACAACUUGGCUAAUCAAGCUGUAGUGAUCUAUAUCCAAGAAGGAACUGCAGCAGGAACAAUUUAUCAGAUUAAUGCAAUUGACCCUGAGGAUGCAUCUAAUACACUUAAGUAUUCAUUGACUCCUACAUCAGCUCCAUUUACAGUCUCAUCAACUGGAACUGUUAUUUCUACAAAGGUGUUUAAUUAUGAAACAGACCCAACAAGUUACUCGCUGGUUGUACAAGUGACGGAUCCAAAGGGAUUAUCUGCUAAUGGAAGUCUGAUUGUUUAUAUUACUAAUAUCAAUGAUGAAACACCUUACUUCAUUGGAACAACAUCAACAUAUACAAUUCCAGAAGAACAGGUUCCUGGAACUGUAGUUGCGACUGUAACUGCUGUGGAUCCAGAUACUGAUGGCUUCAUUAAUACCCUUCUUUACAGCAUCAAUACACCAACAGAAUACUUCACAAUAAAUCAGUUGACUGGUGUGAUCCAAAUUGCCAUGCUCAUAGAUCGUGAUGCUGUCCCAUUACGGCUGCACCCCAACAUAACUCUGGAAAUCAAAGUGCAGGACAGUCCAAGUGGUGGUCAUUCAAAUACAACCCUUCUUACAUUCAUUAUUGAGGAUCUGAAUGAUAACCCACCUACAUGUGUACAAUAUGCAUACAGCAUUGCUGUACCUGAGACUGAACCACUAAAUACCCUUCUGAUAAAUCUAUCACAGGACUGCAACGAUAUUGAUGUUCAGCCCCCCAACAACCUUUUUAAUUUCACUGGAAUUGCUGGACUUGGAAGCAAUCAGAGAUUUCAGCUUAGUUCCUCUGGAUCUAUAGUUCUCAUUGGGGAUCUAAACUUUGAAGACCCAAACAAUUUGGCUGUUGGAAAUGAAUACAGUUUGACUGUGGCAGUACAGGACAUUGCAAGUCCUUACUAUACCAAGUAUAUCUAUGUAUAUGUGAAGACAAUACCAGUCAAUGAAUAUCCUCCUGUUUUCAACAGUUCUUCCUAUGUGUUCAAUGUGUCAGAACUCUCCCCACCUGGAAGUAAAAUUGGGCAAGUUUAUGCAACUGACGCAGACUACCCCUAUAUUGGUAUUACAUACUCUAUAGUAGCUGGUGGCAGUACACUGGGUGCUACCAAUAUAUUCUGGAUAGAUUCCAACACAGGGAACCUGCAGCUCGUUAAUUAUGCAGAUUAUGAGACCACACCACAAUAUGUAUUUACUGUACAAGCUACAGAUCCAGGAUCAAAGACUUCAACAGCAUCUGUUACAGUGAAUAUUUUGGAAGCUAAUGAUGACAAACCAAUCUGUCUGCCAAAUUACUACUCACUGGCUGUCCCGGUGAAUCAGGCUGUAGGAACAAAUAUUCAGAAUUUUAAGCUGACAUGUACCGAUCGUGAUAGUGGUCCCACCUCAUUCCGAUACUUCAUUAAUUCAGGCAAUAUAAACAAUCAUUUUACUUUCUCACCGGACGCGGGCUCCAAUAUCACAAGCCUUGUGUUGGCAAAUCCAUUUGAUUACGCAUCUGGCGGUGACACCACUUGGAACUACAAUCUGAUGGUUUAUAUAACUGAUGACAAUUUACUAUCUAAUGCAGCAAGAGCGACAGGUCUCAUUCAGACUGGGACAGUGUCUUUAUAUAUCAGUGUUUAUGUUCCUGGACUCACCACCCAUACGACUACUACAACACCCCAGAACGUGUAUGUAACCCAGACUCUGAAUGUCUAUGCUGCUACAGCCUGGUAUGUGCCUUUUGUGAUCACACUUGGCAGUCUUCUUCUUCUUGGCCUCCUUGGCUUUCUUAUUUACCUACUUGCAAAAUACUGCCCGUGCAGAGGGAGCCCACAACCGGAUACUGAAAUGCUGAUCCCUCCAGAACCGAAAAAAAUCAAGCAUGAUGUCUUCUGGGAAAUGACAAAGAUAAACACAGUGUUUGAUGGAGAAGCGCAGGAUCCCAUAACUGGAAGAAUUUAUGAAUACAACUCAAAAUCUGGAGCUAGGAGAUGGAAGGAUACACAGCAACCUAUUGAGCCAGACCAAACAUUGCCUCAAGUAGCAGUCCUUCCAGGAGGAACAACCCAACCACCAGAAAGCAAUGUUAAAGGAGCUACUCCAAAAGGAACCCCAAACAAGAGGGAGAAAACCCCUACCAACGCAUUAAAGUCUGAGGAGAAUACAAAACCUGUUACAACACCCAAAACAGAACCAGAGAAACCAAUCACUCCUAACAGACUUCAGACACCAAGAGAAACAUCACCCUAUGCAGAACCUAUAAGAGCAAAUAAGUCUCCAUUGUCACCAAGGAGAUCUCCAAAAGUGUAUCCCAGUGUGCCAAACACCCCUACUUAAACAAAAAAGGAGGCCAAAUAUUUUGAAAUGUUGCAAAAAAAAAUCAUUAUUAUGCAGUGAUGUUUGCAUCCAUAUGUGAAACUGAGGGCUAAUGUGUACUGCAGUGCAGGUAUAUGUACUGAGUUUUUUUGUGUUCUAUCUGCUAUAGCAAACUUGGCCCAAAGCAGUACUUUUUGGCUUUAAGCCUGUUUAAGGUUAUGGAACUCCACUUCACUGGUAAUAAGGUUAUAGAAAAACUGCAAAUAUGCAUAUCAGUCAUUCAGACAUAGUUCCAAGAAUAACCAGGACAGUGGCAUAACUAGAAUUUUGGGGGCCUCCCACCAAGCAGAGGAAUUUUUGGGUCCCACCACAAGGCACUUAAACCCAACCCAAAGUAAUAAGUAAAUAAAAUCUCCUGAUCUGACAGGCCUAUUGUUGCAUCCCUGUGCAGCUGCAUUUGGGUAUAAAUCACAUCAGAUAAGGGAUUUAUGUGAUUUAUACCUUGUACAAUCACUUCUGCAUGGGUAAGCAUAAAUUGAAUACACUAUUUGUUUAUAAUUGUACAAACUGAAGUGGAGCUAACGUACCAGUCUGAAGACCUAGUUCGAACUCACGGACAAUACAUAUAGAAAGAAACAAAAAGGUCCAGACUCGUUUAAAUGAAAAAAGAAAAAAUCUUUACUGCAUUGUGCAGAACAAAUGCACAAAUUCUUGCAACGUUUCAAUGCUUCCUUUUAGAUAAAUGCAUACAGGUCAUAUUCUCUAUUAAGCCCCCGUGGAUGUAAUGUCAGCUAAUUGUGAAUCCACAGACUCUUACAACUCCAGAAAUGAGAGAAGUUUUGGAUUCACAAUUUGCAGACAUUACAUCCACGGGGGGCUUAAUAGAGAAUAUGACCUGUAUGCAUUUAAAAGGAAGCAUUGCUUAAAGAAAGUAUUUCUAGUAUUAUCAAACCAUUUUUUCUUAAAGGGGAUGGCUAUGGUUUUGUAAAGAGGUUAUAAGCACAUGUGUCAUCUUGCAUGUUGUUUCCAAUAUGGAUACCCUAUAUUGAAGAUUGUGUGAUUUUCUUGUUGUUACAAAUUUGCUUAUAUUAGGAAUGUUACAUGUUAUGCACUUUUAUUUUCUGAAGGGGGAACCCUGGUCGAUGGGUAUUCUAUAAGUAGGGUUGUGGAAUGUUCCUACUUGGAUUCAGUAAUUUGUUGGGGGAGUGACCUUUGGACUUUUACCUAUUUAUACCUUGUGUGCUUUGUGUUCAGUAUCUCAGCUACUUGAUAAAGAGGCGGGAGCCUCGAAACAUUGUAAGUCAGUGCUGUCCAACUGGCGGCCCCCCUCUGUGUGGCCCCCCCACCUGUCUGGCUGCUUUGAUGGUUUUACCC